AUGAAUCGUCCCCGUGCCACCGUUUUAAUCGGUUUGUUCUUGCUCGCGUCGCACUGCGCCUGCACCAAACGACUUUCGAAUUACGGGAUAAGAGCGAGCAGCAGCCAACUCGACGACGACGGCAGGGUCGUGGGAGGCUACCGGACGACGAUUUACAAGCAUCCUUACCAGGUCUCGGUGCGGUACGGGGGCAGGCACAGGUGCGGCGGGGCCAUCAUAGCCGAAGAGUGGCUCGUCACCGCGGCCCACUGCGUCAGAUCCGUGCCGGAGGAUCGGCUGAGCAUAAGGGCGGGCUCGACGACGCUGCGAGGCCGCGAGGGCCAGGCGCGCGGGGUCAAAGAGGUCAUCGUCCACGAGGACUACUCGCAAGUUUUUUCGGACUACGACAUAGCCCUCGUGCGCUUGUCGAGUGCGCUGAAGUUCGGAAGCAAAGUGGGCCCGAUCGAGUUGAGCGACGACGAUGGGGGCAGGGGUGCGGCCCUGGUAGUCGGUUGGGGCGUCUCGGGCGGCGAGGGCAAGAUCAGCAACGUCCUGCGGGAAGCCAAGGUGCCCCUGAUCAGCAACACCGAGUGCUCGAGCCUCUACAGGGGCAGGCUCAUCACCGAGCGGAUGCUCUGCGCCGGCUACGUCGGCGAGGGUGGGCGGGACGCCUGCCAGGGGGACAGUGGUGGUCCGCUCGUCCAGGGCGGUACUCUCAUCGGUAUCGUGUCGUGGGGUAUUGGGUGCGCCGGACCCUACCAGCCCGGGGUCUACACGAGGGUAGCUGCCUUCCGGUCCUGGAUCGGUGACAUCGCGGGCGUCUGA